CUUCCAAGCGUCAAAUGCGUAUUUAUAAAUAACGUGGCGUACGAGUGCAUAACGAGUUGAAGUUACUUUUGAGUAACGAAACGUUAGAAUGGUAGAUAUGAAAACUAACGUGAGUUUCGCAUGUCAGCGAUGUCUACAACCUCUGCGAUUAGAUCCGAGUUUCUAUCAUCUCGGAGAACAUACGAUAGCAGAACUUUCACUUCCCAUUCAACAACAAGUGACUGGAGACAUUGAACCCCACAGUGGAAGUAUAGAAAAUUUAGUUCCGCCAUUUAGAUUGACAGAAUCCGCAAAUGGAAAUAAUGGAUUUAUGUUAGUUGGGGAUGCUGGAGAAACAGAGACCCUCAGUCAUCAUUUAAAGGUACGAGCAACAUUGUUUGAUAUUCUUAGUAGUAGUAGCUCUGCUGACCACCCUUUGUGCGAUGAGUGCACGGAUAGCCUGUUGUUGUUGGUGGAUCAACAGUUAAGAAUGAACGAAGCAGAGUGGUCAGAUUACAAUGAAUACUUAAAAAAGUUAGAAAUAGAGCAGCAACAACAGGGUCAUGAAGAUGAAGAGAUGGAAUCUCUUACCAAAGAACUACAGGAUGUCAAGUCUGAGGAAGAGAGAAUGAUAAGUGAAUUAGAAGCAUUGAGGAAGGAAGAAAUUGCAACUAGGAAUGCGAUAGCGCAACAAGAAAAGGAAAGGGAACGAUUACAAAGAGAGGAAGAAAGGUAUUGGAAGGAAUAUUCAAAACAUAAGAGAGAUCUCAUAUUAGCAGAAGAUGAAUAUCGUAGUCUGGAGUGUCAAUUAGCCUAUGCAGCUUCUCAGCUAGAAAGAUUGAAGAAAACAAAUGUUUUCAAUGCUACAUUUCAUAUCUGGCACUCAGGACAUUUUGGAACUAUAAAUUCCUUCCGUUUAGGCAGAUUGCCAAGCGUGCCUGUUGAUUGGAGCGAAAUAAAUGCUGCUUGGGGUCAGACUACCUUACUAUUAACAGCACUAGCUCGAAAAAUGAAUCUCACGUUCAAACGUUUUCGUUUAGUGCCAUUCGGUAAUCACAGUUACGUCGAAGCUCUAGACCAACACCGGGAACUUCCGCUAUACGGAAGCGGAGGAUUUAAAUUUUUAUGGGAUACAAAAUUUGAUGCAGGAAUGGUAGCUUUUCUCGACUGUUUGCAACAGUUUAAGGAACAGGUGGAAAAAGGGGACAGUGGAUUCUGCCUCCCGUACAGAAUGGAUCGCGGUAAAAUAGAAGAUUCCGCAACAGGCAACUCUUAUUCUAUCAAAAUUCAAUUUAAUUCGGAAGAACAGUGGACCAAGGCACUGAAGUUCCUCCUGACUAAUUUGAAAUGGGGUCUUGCUUGGGUCAGUUCCCAGUUCACAAAAGACGAGGCUGAGCAUUAAUUCAACAUCAGUUUAUCUGAAUUCAUCCAGUCUUAUUAUACAUCUCUUUCACGUUCACUUAUGUACAUACACGUUAUUUGUAAAUAAACUCAGUUAGAGGAUAAUCCUUUUAUUUAGACUCUGAUCAGUAAUACGUAUU